AUGCCCAAACUACUAUUCUCCUACCAGACUGGGAGUUACUGCAGAGAAGUGCCAUUUGACAUGUCAACUCCGCAUGAGACGGCCCCAACGGAGAAUCAUGCAUCGGCGGUACCCCCUGCUCGCUCUGCCCGCCCAGGCGCGAAACGGAUGACAUUGAGUUGCGAAAAUUGCCAAAGGCGGAAGACUCGGGUUUGUUUCCACGGAUGUGUUGCGAAUCUGAUCUUCCCUGACUCCGCGUGNAAGUGCGAUGCUCGACAACCCUCUUGUGCGAACUGCGAGGCUCUUGGUCUGCGAUGCUCGACGAGAACGCCCAAGCGCAAGCGUGGUCGUCAUGCAAAAGUCACCGAGCAUUUGAGCUCUCAAGCCAGUCAAGAGGCCCCGACGCGCAUUAGAAGUCCUGCCAACGUACAUGACACGGAAGAGUACCUCAAUGUCAACGUCGAUGAUACUUCGGAAUUGUUGACCUCUCAUUCGCACGAUAUUGACGACAUCCGGGACAAUGGAGAAUCUAACAUCCUGAGCCCUUCGUCCAGCACUCAUCGCUAUCAAUCAUACAAUUCUCUUCUUGCCACACCACAGCCGGUCUGGAAUGUCUGGGACGAUAUUACUCCUGGAGCUGUCAUCGAACACUCUCCAGUAUUUGUGCCAGAUCUUGGUGUAAAGCCACUUUUCGAUGCUUUGUCGCAAGGCCUGGCAGCUGCCGGCAUUACAGAAGGUCAACUCGGGUACGUGGCCUCUUGUGUCGAGCUAUUCUUUCGCAAGAUCUACCCAACAUAUCCAGUGGUGUAUCGUCCAAUCCUGGACGAGGCCAUUAAGCAGCUUGAACUGGGGUUGUUCGAUCUCGACCACAGGACGUUCGCUUUGCUGACUGCCACAUGCUCUUAUACACUAGCUGUGUUACCAGUCACCACGUCAUCCAACUCCUGGCCAGCAGCUACAGUCUUCUACCGCUUGUCGCGUGCAGCACUUGCCCAAUACACCGAAGAUGACAUCGAAAACCCCGAUCAUACCUCUCUCGUCAUACGAAUGUUCCAGUCCGGAUGGGCACACGUUGCUGGCAAACGCAAAACAUCAUGGAAUAUGUUAGGCGAGUGUAUUCGUCUGGCGCAGGCGAUGCGACUACAUGAUGAGAGCAUCUAUGCACGUAUGUCUCAUCUGGAAGGUCAGAUGUGUCGACGAGCUUUCUGGACACUCUACACUGGUGAUAAAUCCUCUGCAGUACUUGGUGGGCAUCCAGUCUGCUUGGGAGAAGCUAUCUUCCGAGGUGUUGUUCCCGUGGGUUAUCCUGAACCCCUAGGUGAUCAAGAUGUUGUCUUCGUCGAGACGAAUGCAGGCGAAACCAGGCAAAUGAAUAUGUUGACGGGUUUCAAUGCCAAUCAAGAUCUUUGGCGAACUGCCGAACGCUUGCUUGACUUUGACCUUUCCCAUCUGAACAGUUCGAUCAACAGUCAGGACGAACCAAACAGAUCGCAAAGGUUACUAGACUCAUACUUGUCAGAGUUCCAUGCUUGUCUUGACACCCUACCAGAAUGUCUCUCAUUCUACACAAGUUUCUCACCAACCGCAGAGAAUUUCAGGUUCCAAGGCGAGACGACCUCACACUUUUCAUCAGAAGCCAUGGCGAUCCAACGUAUAAAUCUUCAGGUUUCACAUUUGUGCUUGAAGAUGUUGAUCACUCGUCGUAUACACGAGUCGCAAUCUGCCACUGGCUCAAGCUGGAAUGGGCAGGAGGAACUUCGCAAGACAACGAGUCUACAAAUCGCGGAUACCCUUUGUAUUGCCAGAGAUUUGCUUUACAUCAUACACACUUCCAGCAUUGAGUUGAUCAGACUCAACGGAGAAGCUUGUGUGGAGAAGAUCCGAUUGAUCGGGGCUUCUUUGUUAGAGCUGAUUGCUAAAAAUCCUGACAUACCAACUCACAGCGUACUGAGGCGAUACCAAGAGUUGUUCCCGCACAUUCUGGCACGUCUCGAUAGCAAAGCUUCCGAGGUUGCGGAGAGUUAG